CGCGCGCGGCGGCCGGCCCGGUGGUGGUGGUUGUGGUAGUGGUAGAGAAGGAAGCGGCGGCCGCAGCAGGAGGGGCCGCGACGGCAGGGGAGUGUCAGCAGAAGCAGCGGCGGCAGCGGCGGAAACGGAAGCAGCGGCAGGAGGAGGAGGAAGAGGCGGGCGGAGAGGAGGCGGUGGCGGCGGCAACGGCAGCGGCGCGCGCGCCUGCCUAGUCCCGGUCGCGAGGAGGAGGCGGUGGAGGAGGAUGUGGCGCGCGGAGGGGAAAUGGCCGCCGAAAACAAGCCGGAAGAUGAUCAUGGGAACAGCAAUGGAAGUCAUGUAAAAAUCUUUUUACCGAAAAAGCUGCUUGAAUGUCUACCAAAAUGUUCCAGUUUACCAAAAGAGAGGCACCGUUGGAACACUAAUGAGGAAAUUGCCGCGUAUCUAAUAACAUUCGAAAAGCAUGAAGAAUGGCUAACGACAUCCCCUAAAACCAGGCCUCAGAAUGGCUCCAUGAUCCUAUACAACAGGAAGAAGGUGAAAUACAGGAAAGAUGGAUAUUGCUGGAAAAAACGGAAAGAUGGGAAGACCACCCGAGAGGACCACAUGAAGCUGAAGGUGCAAGGAGUGGAGUGCCUCUAUGGCUGUUACGUCCAUUCCUCAAUCAUCCCCACGUUCCACAGAAGGUGCUACUGGCUUCUUCAGAACCCUGACAUCGUGCUGGUGCACUACUUGAAUGUACCCGCCAUAGAGGACUGUGGGAAGCCGUGCGGCCCCAUCCUUUGCUCCAUAAACACCGACAAGAAAGAGUGGGCCAAAUGGACAAAAGAGGAGCUGAUUGGCCAGCUGAAACCAAUGUUUCAUGGCAUCAAGUGGACAUGCAGCAAUGGGAACAGCAGUUCGGGGUUCUCAGUGGAGCAGCUGGUGCAGCAGAUCCUGGACAGUCACCAGACCAAACCACAGCCUCGGACGCACAAUUGCCUUUGCACUGGCAACUUGGGCGCAGGUAGCAGCGUGCACCACAAAUGCAAUAGUGCCAAACACCGCAUCAUAUCACCAAAGGUUGAACCGAGGUCAGGCGGGUACAGCGCCCACUCCGAGGUGCAGAACAAUGACGUCUCCGAAGGCAAGAACGAGCACAGCCACGGCAAGUCCUCCAGCAGGGAGAAGAGGAACGGCAAAGUGGCAAAGCCGGUGCUUCUCCACCAGAACAGUACGGAGGUCUCCUCGACCAAUCAGGUUGAAGUUCCUGACACUACCCAGAAUUCUCCUGUGUCCAUCAGCAGCGGCCUGAACAGUGAUCCAGAUGUGGCAGACAGUCCAGCAGUCACCGGGGUCUCCAGCAUGGCCGUGGCCUCAGUGAUGGGCAACUUGUCACAGAGCGCCACGGUCUUCAUGUCGGAUGUUACCAGCGAGGGUGUCUACACCAUGUCGCCCACCACUGGCCCAAAUCAGCACCUCCUCGCCUCAGACACUGCUGCACAAGGACUGGUACUGGCUGUGAGUUCAGACGGCCACAAGUUUGCCUUCCCAACGGCCAGCAGCUCGGAGGGUCUUUCCAUGUUGCCUGCCAGUGUCUCUGAAGAGCUGGUGCUCUCUACGACGCUCGACAGCAGCAGGAAGAUCCCAGAAACCACCAUGAAUUUUGACCCGGACUGCUUCCUUAACAAUCCCAAGCAGGGACAGACGUACGGAGGAGGGGGGCCCAAAGGAGACACCAACAUCAGGCAGUCGCCCACGACGGAACGCGGGUUCAACUUCAGCACGGCCCUCACCAAGGAGAUUAAAACCGAGGACACAUCCUUUGAGCAACAGAUGUCCAAAGAGGCCUUCUCUUCCUCUUCGUCGUCCAAUUCGCUCACCCUCACAACCGGUUCCAGUUUGCUUCCUUCCGGAGGAGGCCUGAGCCCAAGCACCACCUUGGAGCAAAUGGACUUUAGUGCGAUUGACUCCAACAAGGAUUACUCCUCCAAUUUCAAUCAGGCCGUCCAGAGUCCCCACGUCCAUCAGACCCCUUCCCCUAGCUUCUUCCUACAAGACACAAGCAAACCUCUCCCCCUAGAGCAAAACACCCACAGCAACUUGAGCGACACGAGCGGUUCCUUCGUCAACCCUCUCGGGCUCUCCAAUGUGAAGACAGAGGCCUCCUCCCAAAACACCUCCAACUGCAAUGGCACAGUGGAGGCCCGGAUCGAGUCCACCUCUUCGCUUCAGCUCAUGCAGUUCCAGGCAAACUUUCAGACCAUGGCGGCGGAAGGGGAAGUUCCCAUGGAGACCUCACCGCAGGCGGAAGGGAAUGAGAAUCUGCUGAAAUCAGGGGACCUCCAGACCUGCAGCACAGAGCACUAUAUGCAGCCUGAAGCCAACGGCACCUUGAGAAACGGGAGCAACCUGCCCAUUCUCCAAGGGAACAUGGUGCAAGGCCUCUACCCUGUCGCCCACCCGAGCUUAAACAACACCUCCAACAUGGAGCUGAGCUUGGACCACUUCGACAUCUCCUUUAGCAACCAGUUUUCCGACCUUAUUAAUGAUUUCAUCUCGGUGGAAGGUGGGAGCAACACCAUUUACGGGCACCAGCUGGUAUCGGGGGAGAGCGCUGGGCUGUCGCAGCAGGAAGACGGGAACCGGGCUUCCUACAGCCAGGCGGAGAUGUGCAUUCCGUGCUGCAGCCCCCAGCAAGCCAACCUGCAUCUCAGCAGCACAGAGAAUGGGGCCAGUGCCAUGGCGUACAUGCAUGUGACAGAGGUGGUGUCAGCGGCCGCCACGCAAGGCACACUCGGGAUGCUCCAGCAGAGCGGGCGCCUCUUCAUGGUGACAGAUUACUCGCCAGAGUGGUCUUACCCUGAGGGGGGCGUGAAGGUGCUUAUCACAGGCCCAUGGCAGGAAGCCAGCAAUAACUACAGCUGUCUGUUUGAUCAGAUCUCUGUGCCUGCUUCCUUAAUACAGCCAGGGGUGCUGCGCUGUUACUGCCCAGCUCAUGACACCGGGCUAGUCACUCUGCAAGUUGCCUUCAACAACCAGAUCAUCUCCAAUUCGGUGGUCUUUGAGUACAAAGCGAGGGCAUUGCCGACGCUGCCUUCCUCCCAGCACGACUGGCUGUCCCUGGAUGAUAACCAGUUCAGAAUGUCUAUCCUGGAACGGCUGGAGCAAAUGGAGCGAAGGAUGGCCGAGAUGACUGGGACGCAGCAGCACAAGCAAGGAGUAGGAGGGAGCAACGGCAGCGGCAAUGGAGGUAGUCAAGCACAGUGUGUCUCAGGGGCGGCCGGCUUGGGGAACUGCUUUGAAAGCCGUGUGGUGGUUGUGUGUGAGAAGAUGAUGAGCCGUGCCUGCUGGGCCAAAUCCAAGCACCUCAUCCACUCCAAGACUUUCCGGGGAAUGACCCUCCUGCACUUAGCAGCUGCCCAAGGCUAUGCUACCCUCAUCCAGACCCUCCUCAAAUGGCGCACGAAGCAUGCUGACAGCAUCGACCUGGAGCUGGAAGUUGACCCCUUGAAUGUGGACCAUUUCUCCUGCACUCCACUGAUGUGGGCAUGCGCCUUGGGCCACAUGGACGCAGCUGUGGUCCUGUACAAGUGGGACCGCCGUGCCAUCUCUAUCCCCGACUCCCUUGGGAGGUUGCCCCUGGCUAUUGCCCGGUCCCGGGGCCACGUGAAACUGGCCGAGUGCCUUGAGCAGCUGCAGCGGGAGGAGCAAGCCCAACUCCAGCAAGACCCCCGGAUCCCCUCUCCUUCAAACGAGGAGCCCAGCAGUGAGACCUGGAUCACACAGUGGCACAGCGAGAUUGUUGCCGCUCAAGAGCCCCACAGGGGAGUCACCGUGAUUUCCAACUGCAAUACAGAGCUGAGACGGCCUCGGUCUGAGCCCUCCAGUUACUACAGCAGUGAGAGUCAGAAGGAUUACCCAGCACCCAAAAAACACAAACUGAACCCUGACUAUUUCUCUGCUCGGCAAGAGAAGCUUCUUUCCACAGCACUCAGCCUGGAGCAGCCGAGUGCCCGGAAGCUAAGUUCCAGUGCUAAGCAAUCCAUCCCUGAGACAAUCGGCCCCAGGCAAGGGGUGAGAGACUAUGCUCGGGAGCUUGUCCCGGAUGUGGCCGGGUACCGCAGUUCCAGUGGGCAGGCAGGGAUCAAAUGGAACCCAAAGGAAGCUUAUGGUGGUGUCUCUGCCGUGCAGAUGACAGGCAGCCCUAAAGGGCUGGUUCUAGGGAAGGACUUGGGGGCCCAGCGGUUGCGUCAGCGGGAACAGAUGAACAUGUUGAUGAUGGCGGACCGGGAGAUGGCAGAAGCUGAACUGCUCUCCUUCCGGAACAGUUCAGAAAGCGAGGACUGCUUGCACCACAUGGACGAUCUGCAAGUGACCAUGAUGACUCUAGCAGAGCACAUCAUUGAAGCCACACCAGAGAGGAUCAAGCGGGAAAACUUUGUGCCAAUGGAGACGCCACUGGUAGAGAGGACGGAGAGUGCUGCCAUUAGCACCUCAAUGAGCUGGCUGGCCAGUUACCUUGCGGAUGUUGACCAUUUACCAAGUGCUGCUCAAAUAAGAAGUCUGUAUAGUGGAACCCUGACCCCUUCUUCCAACACCAGCCUGAGCCCUGCAAGCUCACCAGUCAAUGAAAUGGCUUUUGAAAAGCCCAGCCUCCCUUCAGCGACUGACUGGUCGGAAUUCCUAAGCGCCUCCACCAGUGAGAAAGUUGAAAAUGAGUUUGCGCAGCUGACCCUCUCCGACCACGAGCAGAGAGAACUCUACGAAGCUGCCAAACUUGUCCAGACAGUCUUCAGGAAAUAUAAGGGACGGCCCCUCCGGGAACAACAGGAAGUGGCCGCUGCUGUCAUUCAGCGUUGUUACCGAAAAUACAAGCAGUAUGCACUUUAUAAGAAGAUGAUUCAAGCUGCCAUCCUGAUCCAGAGCAAAUUCCGAAGCUAUUAUGAGCAGAAGAAAUUCCAGCAGAGCCGGCGAGCCGCUGUGCUGAUCCAGCAGUUCUACCGCAGCUACAAAGAAUGUGGCAAGAGGAGGCAAAGUCGCAGGACGGCUGCCCUCGUGCAGCAAAAGCUCAGAAGCAGCUUGCUCACCAAGAAGCAGGACCAAGCUGCUCGCAAAAUCAUGCGGUUUUUACGACGCUGUCGCCACAGCCCUCUGGUGGACCAUAGGCGGUACAAAAGGAGUGAAAGAAUUGAGAAAGGCCAAGGAACCUGAAGAUAGAGACGGCAGCAUCCCGUAGCAA